AUGGCAGAAAAGCAACAGCACGCCGCCGCUGCCGCCGCCGCUGCUGGCGAGAGCGGCCCGCAGCCCACCACGACGGAAUACAAAAAGUCGCAAGCGCGCGUGCGGGAGCUGGUUGAGAAGCGCCGACUCCUAGAACGACGUCUGAGCCAGGUCGAGGACGGUAUCGCGCAAAAAGAGUCUGCGUAUCUGGAAAAUACACCGAGCGGCAACAUCAUUACUGGUUUCGACAACUACAUGAAGGGCAUCAGCGGUGCGGCGGCCCAGCGGCGCAAGACGGGGCCCAUGGACCUGAACCGCGUCUUUUCGCGGUCGUCUAUUUCCUACCGGCCCAACGUCAGUGAAUCGACAACGCCAGGGUCAACACCGGGCUCGCUCGCUCCCACACCCGUGUCGGCUUCCUUCUCCGCGUCGACGGCCAACGGCGGGGGCGGGGGCGGCAGCAAGAACCCAAAGAAGAAGAAGCAGCAGCUGCAGCAGCAGGAGACGGAAGACAGCGAGAAUGACACGUCAACGUCAAAGAAGCGCACUGCUUUUGGGGCGUCGAGAAAGUAG